ACAUCCAGAGGGUGAGUCAGUCCGGCCAUCUGCUGACACUCAGGGAACUCUGAGCCCAGACGGGAAGAGCCUGCAGUCCCACCCCACACUCCCAGGAUUACUGUGCCUCUGUAUCAGGCUUGCAGUAGUUUUCAAUCCCUGGCUGACUGUACCACGUUGAUCCAGGGGGAGAUUUAGCCAUGGCCACUAGCAAGCCUACAGAUGGCAGCCUGGGGCGCUUGGACAGUGUGAAGAGCAUCUCCUCUAUAAGAACAACGCUGCUCAAUGACCUUGUUUCUAAGACCACACCAAACUGUGAGGUGGGAGUGCUGUCCCUCAAGCUCCUGAUGCAAUUGCUGCCCGAGUAUUUGCAACUGCAAGGCAACACUCUAAUUUGCAAUAACCAACAUGGGGGCUUCAACCUCUUCAGCAACGGCACUUGCAGCAUAGAUGGAGAGCCAUAUAACAUCAACAACUACAUUCAGAGGAAAGUGGAACUGAAAAGUCAUUUUGAUUACAAGGAUUACAGAGAAAGUAUCCUCAGCAAGCCAAUGUUGUUCCUGAUAAAUGCUAAAAAGAUGAACAACAAUCCUGCCUCAGAAAAAACCUUUGCCCUUAUUGUGAACACCCGGCACCCGGAAAUAAAGGCACAAUUUGAAGGUGGAAUGAAUAACGUGAUAUCAUCAGUAUUUGGAGAAAACUACCAACUGCAGUUUGACUUAAAAAACAUGGUCGCUCAAUAUCUGGAAAGCCAAAAUUUCGUAUUAACAGAAAAGGAUGGCCUGAGCUUUUGCUUUACGUUCAAAAUGGAUGUGUUUCUGGAUAUUUUUUACUUGUUUGGACUGAGCAAAAAGACUUGCCAGGUGAAUGGCAACAUAACCAGCCUGCACUGCACGAAACCUGAAAAGCAAGAAACUGUGAAAAUGCUCCUGGCAAAAAUAACCACUCCCUUAAUAAAACUGGGGGGCUCUACCGAUCGCAAACCAAGUUUAUAUUCUCUAAAUGUAAGUGAUGAAUAUUCAUUUGAAGCUUGUACAGACUACUUCCCUGAAACCUCUUCAGUAUCACCUCUAACAUCAUAAAGUCAAGCAGAAAUGGCAACAUAAUCCAAGCACUCUGGAGGAGAAGAGACUCUCUUCAGCUGUACAGUUUUAGUAGAUAUUUAUACUAUGUUAGAACUUAAUCAGCCAGCUAUAUAAACACACAGCACUUCCAGGUGAUCCACAUGAAAGUCUAUGGUGGAGGUUGUCCCGUGUUCCAUUUUUUUGUGACCUGUAAAUUUCAUUCCAAGUUCCAAAAAUCAGAAUGCUCGGAAUUACCCCCCGAUCAUUUGAAAGGUGAUCACGUGGAUUUGUGGGUUCACUUCUUGAGGCCAUUGGUUUAUUUUGCUUGUUGAACUGUUUGUAUUGUUUGUAUUUUCCAUUAAUCAGUUGUACAGCAUUUUUUAAAAUAAUGCUGGCACUUUAUAAACUAUAUGGCAUACAUGGCACAUAUAUUUUCUACCCCCAAUGCAGCAUUCCCCCCCAGAAUUAGGGCUCUUACUGACGAGCGGUUGUAGCUGCGUUCCGUUUUUCAGCGUUCAGCC